AUGGCUCCUACAAACUCCUCUUUUGUGACUGAAUUCAUCCUGGUGGGGCUCACAGACCUACCAGAUCUCCAGCUCCCCCUGUUCUUCUUGUUUCUAGUCAUGUAUGUGGUCACUGUGUUGGGAAAUUUGGGCUUGAUAACUCUAAUUGGGCUGAAUUCACACCUCCANUGGGCUGAAUUCAUACUCCACACCCCCAUGUACUUUUUCCUCUUCAAUUUGUCCUUCAUAGAUCUCUGCUAUUCUUCUGUAUUUACACCCAAAAUGCUGACUCACUUCACAUCAAAGAAGAAUAUUAUCUCCUACAGGGGAUGCAUGACUCAGCUUUACUUUUUCUGUUUUUUUGCUAUUUCCGAAUGCUAUGUGCUGACAUCAAUGGCCUAUGAUCGCUAUGUGGCCAUCUGUAACCCACUUUGGUAUCAUGUUGCCAUGUCCCCCAAAGUGUGUUCCAGCCUUACGCUUGGUUCAUAUUUGAUGGCAUUUUUGGGUGCUAUGGCUAACACGAGUUGCAUGCUGAGACUGACCUUCUGUGAUGCAGCUGUUAUCAACCAUUAUUUGUGUGAUAUAUUCCCACUGCUCCAGCUCUCCUGCACAAGCACUUAUGUCAGUGAGCUGGUGGUUUUCAUUGUGGUGGGCAUCGACAUCAUUGUGCCCAGUGUCACCAUCUUUGUCUCCUAUGGUUUCAUCCUAUCCAGCAUCCUGUGCAUCAGCUCCACUGAGGGCAGGUCCAAAGCCUUCAGCACAUGCAGUUCCCACAUAUUUGCUGUUUCUCUCUACUUUGGAUCAGGUGCAUUUGUGUAUCUUAAACCGUCUUCUGUUGGGUCUAUGGAUGAGGGAAAAAUCUCCUCUAUCUUUUAUACCAAUGUGGUUCCCUUGAUGAACCCUUUCAUUUACAGCUUGAGAAACAAAGACAUUAAACUCGCUCUUGCAAAAACCCAGAGUAGGAGAGUGUUUUGA